AGAGCAACUCACAAGCCUGCUAGCACACAGCCCUGCCACCCACAACCCUCACCUCGCGCUCCCAACUGCCCUGUAGCCGGCCAACUGCCAUUCCCUGGGGCUGCGGUCCAGGACGCCAGACCAUGUGGCGCUUCCUGCUUCUGCUGAGUGGGCUGAGUGGGCUUGAUGGGCUUAGCGAGCCCCAAACAAAAGGCACUCGUGAGAGAUUACACGUGCAAGUCACGGUGCCAGAAAAAAUCCGGUCCAUCCAAAGCGGAGGCUACGAAUCACAAGUGGCCUACAAUCUCACAAUUGAAGGGAAAACAUACACUCUGAACCUAAUGCAAAAAGUGUUCUUGCCUCCCAGCUUUAGAGUUUACAGUUAUGACAAUACAGGAAUCAUGAGGCCUCUGGAUCAGCAUUUCCAGAAUAUCUGCUACUUCCAAGGAUACGUUGAAGGUUAUCCAAAUUCUAUGGUGAUUGUUAGCACAUGUACUGGACUCAGAGGUUUCCUUCAGUUUGGAAAUGUUAGCUAUGGAAUAGAACCUCUGGAAUCUUCCAUUGGUUUUGAACACGUGAUCUAUCAAAUGGAGCCUAAGAAAGGAGAUGCUUUGCUCUAUGCUGAGAAGGAUAUUGAACUAAGGGACCUGAAGUAUAAGAUACAAAGUGUCAAGUCACAGAAAGUUGUGUCUCGCUAUCUAGAAAUACAUGUUGUAGUCGAGAAAGGAAUGUAUGAGCAUAUUGGGGCUGAUGCAACCGUUGUCACUCAAAAGAUUUUCCAGUUGGUUGGAUUGGCAAAUGCUAUUUUUGCCCCCUUUAAUCUUACAGUAAUUCUGUCUUCCCUGGAAUUUUGGAUGGAUGAAAACAAAAUCUCAAUCGCUGGUGAUGCUAAUGAGUUGCUCUACAGGUUCCUGAAGUGGAAACAGUCUUACCUCGUUCUUCGUCCACAUGACAUGGCAUUUUUACUUGUUUACAGAGAAAUUUCAGACUACGUUGGUGCCACCUUUCAGGGGAAGAUGUGUGACAAGAACUAUGCUGGAAGUGUUGCUCUGCAACCCAAAGCCGUGAGUCUGGAAUCACUUGCCAUUGUUUUAGUUCAGCUGCUGAGCCUCAGCAUGGGGAUAUCAUACGACAAUGUGAGCCAGUGCCACUGUGGAGUGUCUAUCUGCGUGAUGAAUCCUGAAGCAAUUCACUCCACCGGUGUAAAGGCAUUCAGUAACUGCAGCAAGGAGGAUUUCUCCAACUUUAUCUCAAGUCAAAACUCCUACUGUCUCCAGAAUCAGCCGCAGCUACAGCCAUCAUACAAGGCGAAAGUUUGUGGGAAUGGAAAGUUGGAAGAAGGGGAAGAUUGCGACUGCGGAAUGAGCUGUAACAACCCUUCCUGCUGUGAUCCUGACACCUGCCAGCUGACAACCGGUUCAGGGUGUGCUGAGGGACCGUGCUGUGAUUUGAACUGUCAAGUAAAGGCAAAAGGGGAAGUAUGCAGGAUUUCCCGUGGGGACUGUGAUGUCACAGAGUAUUGCAACGGCACCUCUGCAACAUGUGAGGAAGACUUCUAUGUUCACAAUGGGCACCCAUGUCAGACACAGUGGAUCUGUGUUGAAGGCUUGUGUAAGAACGGAGCAGAACAGUGCCGUAAUGUAUUUGGCAUGGAUGCAGACUUUGGUACAAAUGAAUGCUACAAUGAGCUGAAUUCCAAAACUGACAUAACUGGGAACUGUGGUAUCAGCCCUUCGGGGUACACGGCCUGCGCACCUAAUAACCGGAAGUGUGGGAAAUUAAUAUGUAAAUACAGAAGUGAAAAUUUACUUAAAAUGAGAUAUGCCACUGUAAUUUAUGCCAAUAUAAGUGGAGAAAUCUGUGUUUCCCUGGAGUUUAACCCUGGUUAUAAAGACAACCAGAGUAUGUGGGUGGAGGACGGAACUGUCUGCGACUCCAACAAGGUUUGCCAGAAUAAAGAAUGUGUAGAAGACACAAUCUAUGACUAUGACUGCAAACCAGAAACCUGCAACAAUCAUGGUGUGUGUAAUAACAAGAAGCAUUGCCACUGUAACCCCACAUACUUACCUCCAGAUUGCAAAAAUACGCAGGACGAAUGGCCCGGUGGGAGUGUGGAUAGCGGCAAUCAACAACGAGCUGAGUCCAUCCCUGCGCGGCCCCACAUUGCAAGUGCUUACCGCUCCAAGCCCACACGUUGGCCAUUUUUCUUGAUCAUCCCUUUCUACAUUGUGAUCUGUGUCCUGAUUGCCAUACUGGUAAAAGUCCACUCUCAAAGGAAAAAAUGGAGGACUGAUGACUACUCAAGCGAUGAGCAAUUUGAAAGUGAAACUGAAAGCAAAGACUAGUCUGGACAGCAAAGAUUUCCAAGA